GGUUGGUGAUGUGACAGUGCCGCUAGCACUCGUUAGCUAAGUUUGUUGACUUUCGUCAUUACUCGCGCCUGCUGACCGUUGGGGGAAAAGCUAGCAAAAAUGGACAACAGUGGGAAAGAAAGAGAAGCCGCGGCUUUAAUGGCGGAAGCGGAGAAGAAGUUAAAGUCUUCCCAGUCGUUUUUCGGCUCGUUUUUUGGCGGGUCCUCUAAGUUGGAAGAGGCCUGUGACAUGUAUGUGAGAGCAGCCAACAUGUACAAGAUGGCGAAGAACUGGUGUGCUGCAGGAAAUGCGUUUUCCAAAGCCGCUCAUCUUCACCUGCAGAUGCAAAGCAAACACGAUGCAGCCACCAACCUGAUAGAUGCUGGAAACGCCUUCAAAAAAGCAGAUCCACAAGAGGCUAUCAACUGCUUAAACCGAGCCAUCGAGAUUUACACAGAUAUGGGUCGUUUCACCAUCGCAGCGAAGCAUCACAUGUCCAUCGCAGAGAUUUACGAGACAGAGUUGGUGGACAUCGACAAGGCCAUUGCUCAUUUUGAACAAGCAGCAGAUUAUUAUAAAGGUGAAGAAUCCACCAGUUCUGCAAACAAGUGCCUUCUUAAAGUUGCGACCUAUGCAGCCCAGCUGGAGCAGUAUCAGAAAGCGAUAGAGAUCUACGAACAGGUUGGAACUCACGCGAUGGACAGCACGCUGCUGAAAUACAGUGCCAAGGAUCACUUCUUCAAGGCGGCGCUGUGUCACUUCUGUGUAGACAUGCUAAACGCAAAGCUUGCCGUGCAGAAGUAUGAAGAAAUGUUUCCAGCGUUUUCAGACUCCAGAGAGUGCAAGCUGUUGAAGAAACUUCUAGAUGCAUACGAAGAACAGAACGUGGACGGCUACACUGACGCGGUGAAGGAAUAUGACACCAUUUCCCGUCUGGACCAGUGGCUCACCACCAUGCUGCUACGCAUCAAGAAGACCAUACAGGACGACGAGAGCGACCUCCGCUGACCUCACCAGCCGCCUCACAUCCUUCGACUCCCGCUGCAUUCAUCGUUUUAUGUAUUCCCUAUUUUCUGUCGUCUACAUUAUGUCUUUGUUGCCUUUUAUUCCACUCAGAACAAGUCUUUAUAUCAUGCGUGUGAACACUAUCUCCCUCGCUGCGCCCGGCAGCCGGUAUUAGUUUUACGUUUGGCGUUUUGGCCACAACAUUCAUGAUUGGGAUGCAAUAAUACCAGCAGAGCUGAGUGAUGAAGAUUAAAACUUUAUUUCCGCUGUGGUGUGAUGAGUGAGAGAUCGCAGAUAACGGUGCGAUUGAAAAGUCCAGAAUAAACUAAACGAACUGAAACGCGAUCUCUGCCUGCAACGUUAACAUGUGGAGUUUUAUUUUUUCUGUUUUGGGGUCAGAUCAGGGCAUUUCUAAUUAAAUAGCGAGGCUGAGUCGUAACCCUCCUCUGCCUUAAGCUGCUCUCAGGAUGUGCACAGCAGGACGCUUCCAAAGGGCUGGGCGAUAAUUUCAUACAAUAAACACUUUUUCUUGUUUUUUAAACAUUUUUUUUUUGCACAAUCUCUUAUUUAUUUUUUUUUUUUCCUUUCCACCAAUUCUCAUUUUGUAGUUUAGAGCGUUGCAGCAAGGACCGCCAUCUUGUUCUACAGCUUCUGUUUAUUUGGACUUUGAAUUUAGGUCAAAAUAUAACAGGUUGAGAAUCAAGCUGUAAUAUUAGUAAACGAAAUAGUGAUUUUUCAGAGCUGGCUAAAAACAAAAAAACGAUCUCCCCAAGUGAUUUUCUUGUGUAAUUUUAAGACGUUUUUCUGGUAAAAUUUCAUUUUCAUUCGGCUAAUAUUAUGACUACAUCAUUGUAAUUAAACAAAAUGUCUCAGUCUGGCCCUAAAACUGAAGUUAAAAAAUAUUUUCAGUCUUUUUAUUUUUCUUACUUUGAAAAAAAGGUUUAAAAAAUUUAAAUCUGACUAUCCUCAUAAUUAAAUAUCUACAUGACAAUAUUCUUGUAAUUAAUUUAAAAUAUUGCAGCUUCCUUCCUGAUAUUUAACUUAAAGGGAUGACGGGAAAUAAAAGUCGCCUUUUGAAAAUAUUUGUAAUAUCUGUUUUUAAGGGGAACAUUUUUUUUUUAAAUUUUAUCUGGUAUUAAAAACAACUAAGUAGACAUAUUCUCAUAAUUAAAAAUUCUUGCAAUUUUCCCCUAAUUUUCUGUUUUACAACUUGAAGAAGGGAUGACUGAAAUAAAAGCAAAAGAUUUUCUGUCAUUUAUCAUUUCUUUACAAAAAAUAGCAAUCAAAAUCAGACUUUAUUUUGAAACCUCAUUGCCCAGCCUUUAUUAGCGGUGACUUUGCAUGUUUGUUCCCAUUUAAAGUCACUUUAUUCCUGAAAAAAUCUAACGACCCUUGACCUUUGUGAUCAUUUGCAUAGCUUGGAAUGAAAGGGGGGUUUAUUGGAUUAGCAGAAUGGUUUGUAUUUUUGUAACCAGGCUGAUUAAAAUGUGUUUGACAGCCUGAUGGAGAUGCAAUACAUUUAAAAAAGAACCAGCUUUAUGGAUCGGGACACUGUGCUCACAUCUCCUGAUGAUCCUGUUUGGUCUUAAGCGUUGUUUGUGAUGUCAUGUUGAAUAAACCUGAGUGGACCUGCA